AUGACUGACCGGGUCACUCGGAACAGGACAGAGGUGAAGAUGGAUGCUGUACCAGGAGCUGUUGUUAGCAUGUCCUGCGUCAGCUCAUCACUGUACGCCCGGGAAAGUGUCAAGGUCCCUUCUGGCACGAUCGAGGCCCACCAUGGCGGCGCCGAGCUCCAGUGGACUCGAGGUCCUCCUCAGCACAUUGCAGGCACAGACAGACGGAUUCAUCACAUGAUAUCGAAAGGAGGCAGCGAGGCCCUGCUGACGGCUCUGGUGAACUCAGCCCGCAGCUUCACUCCCAACUACACCAUCCUACUGCCGCUGCUGCACCUGCUGGCCAAGGUGGGCUACCGAGAUCGUCAGAUUGGUCUGAAAGCACAGAAGGCAGAUGCAGUUCUGCUGGUUCUGGGUUUGCUGCGGCAGAAUACAGAGAACGCACGGAGAGCCGCGGCCUGUCUUUGGGUUCUCAGAGUCUUCUGCUCCUCUGUGACCACGGCCGACCUGCUGGGGAAGAACCGAGGGCUGGAUGUGGUCUUCAAGCUUAUAUCUCCACACAGCACCAAGCACCUACGCACCGUCAAGGCGGCCGUCGACGCUUUUGCUGCAAUGUUAUGCUCAAAGGUCAACUGUCGGACUGCUGUUGCGAAAGGCUACAUUGCGGAUCUUCUGAAGCUGUACGAAGACUGGCACAACAAUGACGUCAACCUUAAGAACAUUCCUAUCCGUAGAGCCCUACUUCAUUGUCUGCAACGUGCCUCCAACUCAGCUGUGGGCAGAGACACCCUGGUCGCCGAAGGUGGCAUUAGUCUUCUCUUCCAGACCACUCAGACCUGCUUGACCAUGAAAGGCCUUGAAUCUCUGGCGGAACCGGCGAUCCAGCUGAUGAGGAAGUGGAAUCCCAAAGUCCCUCUUCCACUGACCUCAGAUAAGAGCGCCUUCAGCUUUCCUCUUCCUGGGAGGCCUGUCGAUGACUGGGAUGCUGAUUUAGGACUUACGGAUGUCAGUUUAGAAGAUGACAGUGACGAAGACGCGGAGAACGAGGAGCCAGACAACAGGGACUACGUGAGUGUUUUGAGAUUUGUUCUGGAGGAAGACGUGAGCGGCACCUUCAACACAUGCACGCACGCACGCAUCACGAUCCUGCGUCGUAAUUUUGACAGAGCGAACGAUGUUAUGUGCACUGCGGCGAAGAUCAGAGCAAACACAGGACGGCGUUCAGAAACUAAGAUCUUCCGUAGGGAGGUGAGCACAGAUGAUGGAAGCUUUUAUCGGCCACGAUGUGUGCAGAAUUUUCCCCAGUCAGCACAUCAUGACUAUCGUGAGUCUUGGACAUUCUUGCAUUCACCUAUGGGAAGAGCCUGGGAAUUGGACCACUGA